CUCUCCGGAAGCGACGGAUUCUGAAUGGGGUCGACAAUCGUGCAAUCCCGGGGUUGUCGUGAGCUGUAGUGUGCCUGGCGAAGUCCAGAGAUUGGGACCCGACCGAGGGGGCUCGGGGCUCCCCACCGGCUCCAAGCCCUGGUGUGUGACUGGCCCUCCCAUUCCUAGAGCCCCAGCGCAAGCCGGGAUGUUUGUUCUGGUGGAGAUGGUGGACACUGUGCGGAUCCCCCCGUGGCAGUUCGAGAGGAAACUCAACGACUCCAUUGCUGAGGAGCUGAACAAGAAGUUGGCCAACAAGGUUGUGUACAACGUGGGACUCUGCAUCUGUCUGUUUGACAUCACCAAACUGGAGGAUGCCUACGUGUUCCCAGGGGAUGGCGCAUCACACACCAAAGUCCAUUUUCGCUACGUGGUCUUCCAUCCAUUCCUGGACGAGAUUCUGAUUGGGAAGAUAAAAGGCUGUAGCCCGGAGGGAGUGCACGUCUCUUUAGGGUUCUUCGAUGACAUCCUUAUCCCUCCAGAAUCACUGCAGCAGCCAGCCAAGUUUGACGAUGCAGAGCAGGUGUGGGUGUGGGAAUACGAGACGGAGGAAGGAGCACACGACCUGUACAUGGACACCGGUGAGGAGAUUCGCUUCCGGGUGGUGGACGAGAGCUUUGUGGACACGUCCCCCACGGGACCCAGCUCGGCCGAGGCUACCACUUCCAGCGAGGAGCUGCCGAAGAAGGAGGCCCCGUACACACUGGUGGGAUCCAUUAGUGAGCCGGGCCUGGGCCUCCUCUCCUGGUGGACCAGCAGCUAGCCCCAGGGCUCAACGUGAACCUGCCCAUCAGCAGACCCCACCCAUCCCCAGGAGUGGUGCAGCCAGCUAUGAAGACAAUAGCCGCCAAGGCAAUGCAGAGGAGUGUGCUGCCUGGAGCUGUGUGGGGAGAGGGGCCAGGAGUGCCCACCAGCUUUUCCCCACACUGUCCUGGCCUCCCCCUCCUGGAGGUGCUACUCAAGUCCUACCGUUCCCAGGGACUUCUGCCUUGCAGUGAUAGCAAGGACAUUAAUAGACAACGUCAGCAUCAAUAGGGGAGCGCCACCCUUGUCUAAAUGGUCAACAUCAUGAUCUAAUGUUAUUUAGUUGCCAUGCCAUGUCCUUCCUCACCUCAAGUCACUGUGGAGAAGACCUCUCCCAACCCCCAUAGGAUAGCUGGGCUUGGUGGUUCAUGAAGUAACAUGGAGAGUGAGGAUGGCCUGGGUGGCUGCUUUAGGCCUUGGCAGCUGCCAUUUGCUAAUUGUGUCUGAGCAUUAAGGAGCAACCACCUUCUUGUCGGCUUUGGAAGAGGCUCACCCCCAGAAUCAACCAGUUCCUGUUCAUGAAAGCAGAGGCCAUGGACUCUGCUGGCCCUAGGCAGAGGGUGUGACCACCACACUAUCAUCUCCCCCACCCAUUCCAUACCACAGACCAGGAAGCCUGGGGCUGGCUGACAGACCUCAGCCACUGAUUUGAGCACCCUGUAGGCCUGCUGUGACACUCUGGGCACUAUGUCAGCAGAAUGGCUUUGCCACGUCUCUCCUGUCCUUUUCCUUCUCUUUCUGGCACUACCACACUCAUUUUGCAAUAAUGUUGUGUUUGCUGUCCUGAUCAUGGGACCUCCUGGCCUGGCCAUUUCAGCUCUCAGGGACAGAGUAGACGUGCUGCCAUGUCUGCUGAUGUUGCUCCAGAAAAAGUCUGCUUUCUGCCACGUCCUGAUGCUGCAGGGGUAGGUAGCUGUGACCUUGGGCAGACUCCCUUUCUGGGUGGCCUCAUCUGCUAGAUGGGCUGUGCCACCUCAGGGUGUUCAAGGCUACAUGAGACCAUGCCUGGCGCAUCACUGCUGGGGAAGGAGGGUGAAGGCCCCCUCUCUGGGAGGCUCCAUCCUGGUUUAACGGAAGCUACAGGAACAAGGGGCAAGGCUACCACACGUGGAAGUGGAUUGGAGUGGGAGGCGACAGGGAAGUCUUUUCCUUCACUAUAAUGAUGGGUCUGGUUAUAGCUAUCUAUCCACCAAAGAUCUUGGCUGAAAGAUACCCACCCUGUAUCCUGGAGUUAUAAAUGACACAGAUACCAACCACUCAGAAUCAGUCACUGAGUCUGGAUUCAUAUUUUCCUUGCAAGAGCAUAAGGUUCUCUAAAAUCCUUCAGCCACCAUUGAAAUGAUCAGGCAGGAGAAAAUCUCCUUUAGUUGGGAGUCUUGUCAUCAAAAAUAAACACAGUUGAAUGAAGCUGCUCAAGACUCUGAACCAAACU